UUUCUUCGUCGUCGUCUCUUUGCGCUAUCCACUUCACGGGUAUUUUUUGGCGCUUUGCUGGGCUGCUAGACGUCACCACGUUCAAGUUUGAAUGAGAAGCGUCGCCAAAUGGUGUACGACGUCGACGGUCGUCCACUCGAAAGUCUAGAUCGACACGAUCACACUCAUCUCUACCAACGUCCUUUCGAAGAGCUCUUUUACCUUAUCGGCUCCGUCGUUGGUAACAAGCAGGAAGACCUCUUCUACGACUUAGAAAUAGCUCUGAGAAGACACCGACCAGACUUCACAGCUUUGUUGGUAAAUCCGCCAAAGAAUUCCACUCAUUGGGAGCAAGUCAAGAAGUCAGUCAGUGAAGGUCUGCAGCUUCCAGGAGAAGCUCAUCGUCGCAGACUGCCAGCUGCGUUUGUCGAAGAGGCAUUGCUGCUUAGCGAUUUGGUGAAACUCAACGAGCUCUCAGCUGUUGAACUUCUUCUCCAGGGUGAGGAAUGGCAGCCACGACAUCCUGGCCUGUCUCGUGGUCUAGUUGCAGUUUUGUUGUAUCACGAGGAAAGGAAGUGCUUAGUCUACUCCCUUCGCUCUCUUAUUCAAGCAAGAGAGGGAGCAUCUUGGACACUGGGACUUACCGAUGAAAUGAAUCGACUCAUCACAGACUUCACAGAUGAUCUCCUUCAGUCAGGACUAACAGAAAAAAUUCUUUCUCUUCUCAUGUCUGUCUGUGUUGAAACAGAACUGAAUGCUCUUGAAGAAGGUCGAGGAGUUGGUGGUUCGAAGCACAGACAACAACUUAUUACUGUAAUCACCGAACAGAGGCAUGCAUUGGCUGACUGUCUGUUUUGUUGGACAUGUCAAAAUCCACUGCCAAAAGCGGACGUGUUUGCAAUACUUAAGGUCUUGAAAGGAUUGACUCGUAAUGAAUUGUUGAUCAAAGAUGGGACCGUAGAUCCUGUUUAUCUGAGUCUCUUGAUGACAAUUUUGUACUCGUUGAACGUGGAGCCCCUGAGUGAUGUGGAUGCUAACGACAUGGAAACGUUUUAUGACUCACGUCCAAUGUUCUGUGAUAAUACCUGGAUUGAAGAGUUUCAUGAACAGUUGUUGGGAAAUGGAUCAUUCAGGUGUAAAGAGAUGGCAGCCGUUGUGAUGUUGGCCUGGUCUCUGGUUAUCAAUGUAGCGGGAAGACGACAAAAUAUGACAAGCGUUGUUGAUCAGCUAGAGGAAGAUGAUGAGCAGCUGUUUGAUCAAGCUAUUGCUGGAGAUGCUUUGAAGUUCCUACGACAUUCUGUCAUUAUGUCACCGACAUUCAGUGAAGAAGAAUACUACAUUCGCAGCAUUCACAGCCUAAUCACAGGAAUUUUGGUCAACAUGCCACAGAAGGUGAAGAAGUUACGGAACGAGAACGAUGAAGCAGCACGUAUUAUUGCUCUGCAUGCUGCACAGGGAGUUGAUCCUCCUGAAGGACUUCGACACGACUUUGAAGAUAUGAUGAGACUGAUUGGAGAGAUUUAUAUGAAUGAUGGGCUGAAGUUGCAACUUGAGGUGGAAUUUUGGGGUUCAAGUGAACCGGCAGUAGGUCAAUCAAGUGGAAUGGGUCUGUCAAUGAUAUACCAACAAUACACAUCACAGAGACAGAUCAGUCUGUACAAAUUUGUUCGUUUGGCUGGUGAUCUCCUUCCACCUAGCCUCUUUACUCCUUACCUUGACAUGUUGACGGGUAUUUCGAAUAGCCCUACUGCUGCCCAUCAUUGCUAUAACAUGCUAAAAGCCAACAGUGCAAGUCUCGGAGCAGGAACGGCAAGCUCCACUGUCUCGUGGGAUCACUUCUUUCUUACAAUGAAGCAGUAUUAUCUGAACAUGAGACAAGAUGCUACGUUGACGUAUGGUGCUCCUGUGCAUUCUCUUGUGCCUGGCGUAAUUGCCUCAGACGAACUGGAAGGCUUGCAGGCUGUAUUAAGAUUAUUGCGUCAGAUUGUCAAACAGGAUCAGUUGGCCAGGAUUGCUCUUUAUGAGAGUCAGUAUUGGCUUCCUCUGCCAACACUUGUUCAAUUGGUUGGUUGUGCGGUACCUCUGCAACUGAAAGCCAACCUUCUUCUGUGUCUGGCGGCGUUUGCACUCAUGCCUGAUGUUUAUAAUAAUCUCUGGCACAUGAUGGAGUCACAGCAGUUUCUGCAGACUAUCCGACCUCAGCAGGGACAACAUCAAACUGGCAUCACGGUUGAACUGGAAGAAAUCGAGUCACGAGCUGAAGAAUAUCCAGAAACUUGUGCAUUUCUUUCUCUCUUGGACAAUCUCACCAAUUUUCCUAUCCCUUCUACACUUGGUGCCGGAUACCGAGUCCCUGGUUUUGAUCCAUAUCUUGAAUUCCUUCGCGACAUUGUUUUUCUGAAGUUCGACACACGUGCAUACCACAACGCCGAAGAAAAGUGGUUUGUUUGUUCGGGCGUUUUAGAGGUGCUACACAAGCUGCUGAAACACCACAAUCCCGAACCAAGUCACUUCUCUGAUGUCACAAUUGAUAUUGAAGGAAUGGGCGUGGUCCCAGUGAGCAGACCUCCUGGUCAUGCCAUCAUGGAACAUUUGCUGAAUGAGUCGCCGUUCCUUGCAAAGGCAAGUAGAAUGCGUAACAAAGGAUUAGAUAAUGCUCAUCAUGACAUUAGUUGCUCACAUGGUUGGCCUGUCUCUAGUCUUGUGGUGAGCAGGAUUACUCCAAACAUGUGUAUGGAUUUUAACGAAGUUUGGUGGGAUCAUAGAACUUUGAUGGAGGAACAACUGAUUACAUGUAUAUUGCUGAUUCUGUUGGUUAUUGAUACUGCUGCUCAGUAUGCCAUUGAACCUGUCAAGAUGUCACCAAGUGGUCAGAAUGCCUUUGAGCGUUCUGUUUUGCUUGCACUCAGAAUGAUUGAUAUGAUGCUUGUCAAGCAGUCAACAUUUUUCGAGCAUCUGCGGGCUCAAAACAGUUCUUUACUCGCUACUCCAAUGGAGCAGCUACUUCUAGCAAUUAAUCCUCGAACAGGAAGACCUGAUCACUUUGUGAACAUAGCAAGACUUGUGUGUGAUCACGGCUUGAGUGCAGCUCUUUGUGUAACUGCAGUGAAAAUUCUUUGCUCUGUGUGUCAUUCUGCAGCAAUACAGAAGGACAUAGUCAGGAUGUGGACGUCUUCAGAGGCUGUUGCUACAGACAUCUUGCAUGGAUUUGUGACACGUUUAGAGAACAGUGAUCCUGAAGAACAGUCUGCACAGACAGAUGAAUCUCAAGAUGAUGAAACGUCCGACAUAGCUGUUUCUCAGAUAUCCAGUGCCAUUCGUCUUUACAUUGUGCAAGUCAUGCAGAUUUCUCUUAAUCAUCGCACUCCCAAUGUUGCUCAUUUUCUGCUUGGAUUCGAUCUUUCUGGUUCUGUCUCCAAAACAAGCCUUCAGGAUCCUGGUGUACGCGGAUCACCUCGUACGUGCUUACACGUUCUGCUAGACAUUCUAAGUGAACACAUUACUAUACAACGUCUGGCGAGUGCAUCUGGUGCUCAUAAGCCUCAUUUAGUCGAGCUUUGCUAUGGUCUCGUUUACUCUCUUUGCAAUAAUUCAAAUACAAGCCAGCCAACUGUGAGAUAUCUACGAACAAGUCACGACUUCUUUUAUCGUCACUUGGAGAGUCUGCCAUUUUCAUUGCUACGAUGUCAUGAUAACGAUGAAGAUGAGAAUGGAUCAGAUGUAGAACUCAUGCAUUCAGUAAACCAGCAGGCUUGGCUUUUGAAAUCAGUAGCACUGGAACUACGGCUGACAGCAAUGAACAGACAGAACUCUCAUACUCAACGUUUAAUUAACUCAUUGCUGAGCGAGGAAACCGCACCAUUUUUGUCAGAUUCUGAUCAGCCGUUUGGCUUGGAUGUUGUCCUUCGGUCAGAUAUGAGGACGACAGGUCAGGGUCAAAAUCGACUUCUACGUCUUCUUAACAUCAUUGACUUGAACCAGGAGUAUCCACCUAAAUUUCAGCUGCAAUUCUUUGACACAGCUGUUAUUGAGAAUGUAGUGACCUCUCUAGAAUCUUCGUCAGCGAUUGGUGGGAGUGGAGAAAGUAGUGUCUGUGAUCUACGUGCUCUCAAUAGAGUUCUUAUGGAUGAACUCAACAGUUCACAAGGAAUACCAGUAGCACAGAGAAGUAGAAUCCUUGAGGAAAUACACGGCAUUCUUGAGAUUGUCUUGAAAAGGAAUCACGUUGUGCAGACAGUGAACUGUAAACGUCAACUUUUAAAUGGUUGGCGUCAAGUAAUAGAAGUUAUGUUGACUGCAUGUCCAAUUGACGUUCUUGGUGGCGAUGUCAGACACAGCUUCAUACUGGAGGUCAUUCAAGAGCUUUUACUCAAGAUAUCAUCUGAUGGUGCAUCACCACAGCUGACUGCUCCUUUGCAUGGUGUCCUCAUGACUCUCAUGGCUCAACUGAAAGCAACAGUCCAAAUAUCUGCAAUUCCUGCUGGAACCCUUCAUUCCAUUCUGAGAGGUCUCAUUGAGCAACUGAUGCGUUCAAGCAGUGGCCAACAGCAAACAAGAAGCUUCAUCUACUCGGCUCUUCUAUAUUAUCUCCAGGCAACUAGCAGUGGGAAAAGCCCAAGUCAGACAGAAUUUGUGUUUGGAAUGGGUGGUGGAGUUCAAGGUCGCGAUGCUCUUGAGUCUGGUAAUUUGGCUGUUCUCUCUCACUACGGUGAAAGUGUAAUGGAGGUGGUGUGUCGAGAUGCUUGCGAUGGCUCGGACGUUGUUCGCAUGCUUGCCUUUGCAGUUCUCGAUUGCAUUGUCGUGUUUGAUUGGCAAUACAAAUGGCUGAAUUAUAUGACGGCUAAAGGAUAUUUGAGGCAUUGCAUCAAUUCUUUAGUUCAUGAAGACUCAGCUCUGCAGGCAAUGCUUGCACCUAAUCCAGAGCCUCUGAAGUCUUUAUAUAUCUAUGAGUCAAAGAUGUCGUUUCUGACACGUUUAGCUCAAUUCUCUGCCGGUGCACAAGCAUUACUACACAGUGAUGUAUUCACUUGCCUCUCAGGGUGUGCAUUCCUAGAUAUGAGGCCAGAACCAGGCUCAUAUGCCAACAGUCUUACCCCAUAUGGUGACUCAUUGUCUGAUGAAGGCUACUCUGGGAUGUUUCAUGAUUCAUUUGCACCUGCUGUUAUGGAAAGAUAUCGUCAACUUCUCUUUCCAGCUCUGAACCUUGCCAUGUCAAUACUCAACUCACUUGGUAAACAACAUCGCGAUGCAUGCCUUCAGGCAUUUGGAUGUGUGUCGUCACACUCUGAAAUCAUAUUUGGCAUCUUGAAGGAGCAUGGCCGUGCUUUGUCACUUGCGGGCUUGGAGGAAGUGGCCUUGGUGACUGGUCUAGUUUGUCGAUCUUGUGUUGGUUUGGGAGACUGGACGGCGGGUCUCGGAACUGCUGGUACAAAUAGUGCCGAAUUUUACGGAAGUUUGACGCGAAUGCAGAGGUUGAUGUUAUCACUAUUGGUACAUUACUGCCUUCCUGACUCGUGGGACAAGCUGCUCAAGACUGUUGUCUCAACGGAAGGCCACGUCAAUCAUGACUCUAGUGUGGUAGCUCGUGAUGUUGUCGUGGAGAUUGCCAGUCCACUUCUACAGCAAAUCACAUCGAAUAUCAUCACAUACUGCAAACAUGUCAUGACAGGAGGAAAUUAUUCUCACAGAUCACGUGUCAUCAAUAUCCUUCUGGAGCCAACUCUCGUUGAGCAGACCCAAACAUCUGGAUUUGAGAGAAUGGCCGUCGUAUCGAGGCCACCGUCUAUGGGAGUCCUCAUCCAUUUGUUGGAAGGUUGCUGCGAAGGAUAUCUGUCUGCUUCAGAUUCAUAUCAACGAUGUCAACGGAAAGUCUCUAACAUGAUGGAGCUAAGUUCGGAUGAAUUGAAGGAGUAUGCUGACUGGCUGACAAAUAGUGACAAAAUGACAGCUCGACAGCGAGAAGAGCUGGCCAGUCAACGACUCAGGUUGAUGGUUGAUAACAAACAGCAAGAAAUGGAGCUAUUCUUUUAUAUUAUUGAAACUGCUCUCUAUGUACUCUGGUGUCAUCUUGAAUUUUUCUUUGUCCACUGUACACCUAGGCCAAUGGAUGCGCAAUUAGGACUGGACUGGUCAUCCUCGUCAAUGAGACGGCUGCAGGAUCAUGAUUGGGGGCGUAGGCAGCGAUUUCAAAUGGGAAGCACAUCUACCAUCGGAGAAGGAGUAUCGAGAGCAGAUCUUGAACAGCUGAAAGGAGAAGCCAACUCAUUCUUUACUGAAACAUUUUUCAAGAAGUUACUCGAUGUCGAACGUACAAGGGAAAGGAAAGGAUUUGUGGAUGCUCUGACACGACGCAUCAAGCGACUACUGCAGCUACGGAUCUGAGUUUUUAUGAGGUUGCUGUACCGGUUCCUAGACUAAGUGACUUCACAGUUACGUUUGCAAUAUCUAAUGUGUUUGUACGUGUAAUUAUCACGUAGCGUGUACAAUGAAUACCAGGUGUAGACACAAAG